GUGUCCAGUUCCUCGCGGUCACAUGUCCAAACAAACAAACCUGAAGUUUUGUUCUAGGUGUUUCGCUUCGACUUGAUUCAUACGUCACAACCUGAGCUGCAUAUACACGCCACGUUCAUAUUAAAUGACGUCAGACACACUCGUCAGAAGCUAACCGACCUCCUCCGUUACCGUUAGUGACGGAAACGUCGGUGACAUCGUGGAUGUUCGCACAAGUUCAGCUCCAGGAUCCCGACCAAUGGCGUCCAGUGUGACACAGUGGGUCACUUCAUGCUCCAACAUCGUGCUGUCCGUCACUGCUCUGUGCUCCUCGUACAGACUCUUCAAGGACCACAGAGCUCCAUCAGUCGGCCUUUUCCUGCUGGGACUCUCUGCAGCAGCUUGCGUCCUGCAGCCGUCCAGCUCCCAGCUGACCGCCCUCCAGAGAGAAGCCGAGUGGGCCGGUGAGCUUCUGGCUCCAGCGCUGGUCUCCUUUGACUUCCUGUGGCUCAGUCAAGACCACAACACGGCGCAUAUUCUCCUGUGUGGCUCCUGUCUGCUGCUGGGACUGUGCGACUGGCUCUCGGCAGACGCCUUCUCUGUGAUGACCUGCUGCCUGGGCCUGUCCUCCCUCUCCUGCUGCCUCAUGGUGUGUCUGUUUGCUGGGAAUGCUUUAGGGGCCCUGGGUGGUGUGGCCCUCAGUCUACCUUUACUUGUGACUCCCCAGGUUGGGACAAACACGUUGGCUCUGCUCAUGUCUCCGGCUGCCUCUGAGGGACUGAUGAAGUGGGUUUUGAAAGGGGCCUUGUCGAUAGGCUGCUGGGCCUCAACCAGGGCCCUCGGCAAGUUUCUCCUGGACGUGACCGACCAAUGUAACAUCAGCAUCGAGUAAAUGAGUAGAGUUCUGUGUGAUUAGUCAGAAUCUGGUUACACAUCUAGAUUGUGAAGUGCUGCAAAGACAGAUACCAGAUACUAAAAUAUAACAUGUCUAACUUAUAAGCAUUUUAUGUUUGACUUUUUAUAUAAGUUAAUACAAUUGUUAUUUCAACAAGAAUUUCAACAAGUUUGAUAAUCGGUUAACCAAGCAAGUAAAAAUCAUUAAACAAAAAUGCCAACAUAAGCUGAUCCAGGAUUCUAAAACAACUUGUACGUGCUGCUUUUCCUUAAUUACAUCUCUACAAAUUAAAUAUCUUGUGGCUUUUAAAACAUUAUUGGGACAAGAUGAAUAAUUUGAAGAUGUUACAUUGGGCUUUGGUUAAUUGAGACAGGUCCUUUUGAUAAGUAGUAAAAAUAACGAUUGGCUGCAGCACCACACUGCAGAUCUCAGGGACUAAGAAAAAAAAAUUCUAUUAAAAGGUCAUCUUAGUAAUUCACAGUUCAUUGGUUCAUACAGCAGCUGCUACACUGAGACCUCGUCUGAACUCUGUAUGAACUGAUCUGAAUAAACGAAAGACCGAUACCACUGAAAACCCUAAUUUGCGUGUGAUGGAAGUUUUCUUGAAGCUGGUGAAAGGAGAACUCAGGCAGCUGCUGAUGUCUUAUGCAGAAGAUUUUAAUGUAGGCUUGAUGCAUCAAGGAGACCAGAAGGUGAAACAAUAUACAAACGCUAACAGAGUAACAUGAACAAUUGUCACCCCAAAGUCUGAAGAUGUCUCCCACAGCCUCCCAAUUUAUGUCCCUCAUCUUGCGUCCCCCAUUCCAACAGCACAUCCACGAAAAGCAUGCAUACCUAACCUUUACGUCUAGCCACUGAUGUAAUACUCAAAAGAAUUGGAGUUGGUGCCUCUCUGUCUGGGCAUCUGAAUAAGAUAUGAAAGUCCAUGAGCGUAGAUAUUACAAUGUACUGCUAGUUGGCCCUUUAUCUAUAACCUGACCUUGGGUACUGCUUAGAGAGUGAAGGGAGUAUCUGUUGAAUGAGUCUCUUCACGGUGAACAGAUUUACUGUCUGAGGAUGGUCAAAAAUUCUCUCACAAAGAGUAUGUGACUGAAAUGUUAUAAUCACAGCAGCUCCUGGUGGUGUUGUGUAGCUGUAUUGGGUGAACUGGAAGUGCCUGGGUGACAUUUAUAUUGUCCUCUAUGAUCAUCUCAGUGUGCGUGCACUUAAUGUCAGGCUGCACAUAUGUCUCUUCUAACAGCUUUAGUGUUUCUAGCAGCAUCCAGCUGCCUCAGGUUCUGUUUGUCCUGCAGCCUCAGCAGUUAAAGUACCUGCAGUGCUCUGAGCUCUGGGCCCUGCUCUUACCUCAUCAUCUCCGUUUGAUAUUUAUCGAUGCAUCUUUUUUACGAGUUCUUCCUUAGUGUUUAGCUACUGCAAUGUUUUCUGAAAUGACAGCAUCUGUUUAUUUCACCUUUACCUAAAUAGUGUCUGUAUAAUUUUGUUUGGCCACAGUCUUGCCCUUGCAGGGUAUUGAUAUUUUUUACAGAGUUUUGCAGGGGACACUGCAGAUUCUCUCUCAGGAUUUGUUGUGAGCCGCUGCCUCAGCAGUUUUACUGCAUCAUAUGUGCAUGUGUCUGUGCCUGUCUGUGGGACAGAGCCUUUGUCAGAACUCAAGACACUGAGGUCACUAGUGGUAUUUUCAAUGUGAUCAAUCAUUUAUGUGCACAUUUGUGAGUUUGCAGUGCCAAUAUAAUUACUAUAAUUGUGCUGCCUGUUUUUUUGUUGUAAUGCGUUAUCAUUCAGUUAUCAUUGGCAAUGUGGACGGGGUUUUUUUUAUGUUGAAUAUAUUUUUAUUUAUUCAUUUUCUUUGGGUGAACAGCAAAUGUUAAUAUAAACUAAGAAGACAUGUCUUGAAUAAAUAAUCCAAAUGUUAUUCCCAGUCACUGUAUGUAACGUUACAUUGCAUUUUCUUAGUUCACGUUCAACUGUCCCCCUAUUGUGCCAUUUAUAAUCCUUCAUCUUCAUCCAACAUCCCAGUAUUUCUCAAGUACAGUAUCCCAUACGAGAACCCAGAACCUGGCACAUUUCAUACCUCUGUCUCAGGAUGAAUGCGAGUGUGAAUAGUCAUUAGCCUCCAUUUGUCAGGGCUGUGUUGUUCCCUGCUUCUCGCCCAAUGUCAGCUGGGAUUGACUCCAGCCCCCCCGCGACCCUUUAAAGGACAAGAGCUGUAGAUAAUGGAUGGAUGGUCUCAAGCUGCUGGUGUCAGCACCAACAGCUCAAUCAGUCCCUAUAACACUGUAUUUUAAAAAGCCCCACGCUAACACCUUCACUCCACUGCUGCAGCAGAUCAGGAAACUGCAGCGGGCAUGCUCGCUGCAGCUGCAGCCUGUGGAUGGAGCAAAGUGGAGAGGAGGAGGAGGAGGAGGAGAGAGGGGAGGAGAGAGAACAGUUGAGAGGGAGCCACAAAGGAGCUGCACACAGCACCAGGAUGCUGUUGCAGCUCUGAGAACAAGGGCUGCACGGGAAGAUUUGUCAUUGUCGACACGGAUGGAGAAGAAAGAGGAAUACAAACGAUGGGAAUGUUAAAUUAUGAUCACCUAAGAGGAGACGAUAUGUGAUAAGGGACUCUUGGGUGGCGUGGAGAUGUACGCCUUCUACUCCCUAUUAGUCUACAUCUUCUACACUGUCUUUAAGAAGGAGGAGGACGAUGACUCCUUGGAGGGGGCGUGUGGAGCUUCCUCAGACGAGCCAGGACCUGUUUCCAUGGAAACAGGGAGAAGGAGGAGAGAUGGCCACACCCCCAAAAUAAGGAAAAAAGCUUGUGCUCCCUUAAGUGAAUCAAGCAGCAGCAGUGAAAGUGAUGAAAUGUCCCCAAAUGAAGAAGAUGAAGAAGUUGGCCCUGACCUCCCAGCAUGCACUCCUCUGGCUGCCUUUUUGUCCUUCAAGCAGGAGGCUGAGAAGAGACGGGUCUCACAGGUUCAGCAAGAAACAACAGGAAAGUUGGCGGAGUCUCCUCUGAUGGCGGUGAUGUCCCACUUGCUGAGUUUUCUGGAGCAGUACUCCCACUUCCAGCAGCUGCAGCAGCAGGCCGACCAGUACCGCGUUCAGCUGAAGAGACACCGCGUCCAGCACCGCCGGCAGAUGAAGGCCCUGCGAGCCUCCUACCGCCAGCGCCUCAGGGACAAGAGCAGCAUCAUCAGCGACCUGGAGGACGCCAUCAGCCAGCAGCAGUCCCCCAGCCCACUGAGCGAGGGUGAGUCGAGCACGGAUGCAGGGACACAAGCCGGGGUUCACCGGCUGGUGGAGUCUCUGUACGGCCUGCAGGGUGAGAGGAGCAAGCUGAGAGGUGAACUCCGUCUGCUGCACUCGCAGCUGGAGCAGAAGGCGGACCGACACUCUCGCGUCCAGGCCUUUCAGCAGCAGAUAGAUGAGCUGAAGAGUUGCAUAGAGGAGCGUGAGGAGGAGAUGUCAAGACUGAGAACAGCUACCGGGGCCACAGACUCAGAGAAGCGAGUGCUGUGUCUGUCGGCUGAGAACGAGAGUCUGAAACAAAACCUGAGCGUCACUCAAGGCCUCCUGCAGCAGCUGUCAGCCAUCCCGUCCCAGUCCAGCACCAUGCUCGUCAAGGAGAACGAGAGCCUCCGCAGCCGAGUGCAGCAGCUGGAGAUCUCCCUGCAGCAGCGUGCCGAGCAGCUGUCACAUCUGGAGCGAAAGAGCGAGCAGAGCGAGUGGAGGAGAGGAGAGGAGCUGAGGAAACGAGAGGACAGAGUGAGGGAGCUGCAGCUGGAGUUGGACAGAGAGAGAGGCAAGGAGCCAGCGGUGAAGUAUGUCACCCAGACGGUGGAGGUAGAAUCUCCUGCCACACUGAAGCAGCUGAGUAAAGCCAGACAGAGGAAUGAGCUGCUGUCGGAAAAGCUGUCGAGUCAGAAUGAGCGGUGCAAACAGCUGGAGGACCACAUCAGGAAAUCUGAUGAAUACAGCUGUAAUCUGCAGCACAAGAUUGCAGCGUAUGAGCGAGAAAUCAGUAAACUGAGAGAGGAGCUGCUGAAGGAGAUCGGCCACUUGGAGGAGAAAAAGGAGGAAGCUGUGAAGGCUGCUGCCCACUGCUCAGCAGAAAACUUUCAGAACCUGCAGGACCAAUUCUUCUCCUUGCAGAAGCGUCUGGCGUCCCUCCCACCGACUUUACGCUCCAUGAAGACAGACUACACCAGUCUGAGGAGCCAAGUCCGUAACUUCUCCGAUUUUUACGGAUCAGCUAUAAAUGACGCAAAAAAACAGAUUUCUGCAGCUAUCCAUGAGAUGUCUGAAGCCAACCAAGACCUCCUGGAGAAGUACAGAAAAGAAGUGGCGCUGCGCAGGAAGUACCACGAGCAGCUGGUGGAGCUUAAAGGCAACAUCCGCGUGCUGUGUCGAGUGAAGCCUGUGCUGAAGGAGGACCAGCAUGAGGAGGGCCAGUCUGCGGUGGUGACGACAGACCCUCUCAACGAGUCCUCCCUCACCGUGCUGAACAAAGGGAAGGGUCGCAUCUUUGAACUGGACAAGGUCUUCCACCCUCAGGCCACACAGGAAGAGGUCUUUCAGGAAAUCGAACCUCUGGUGACGUCCUGCAUCGAUGGAUACCAAGUUUGUAUAUUUGCGUACGGACAGACCGGCUCUGGAAAAACCCACACCAUGGAGGGCAGUGUGGAGAACCCAGGCAUCAACCAGCGAGCCCUGAAACAUCUCUUCAGUGAGAUCGAGGAGCGGAAGGACAUGUGGUCUUACAACGUCACUGUCUGCUCUGUGGAGAUCUACAACGAGGUGCUAAGAGACCUGCUGAGUAAGGACGGAGAGAAACUGGACAUAAAGAUCAACCCGGACGGAACAGGACAGCUGCACGUGCCGGGCCUCAGGGUCAUAGAAGUGAAGAGCUUUCAGCACAUUAAGAAGAUUUUAGCCACAGCCAGAAGGAACAGGAUCACCUUUGGCACGCAGAUGAACCAGCACAGCUCACGCUCCCAUGCUUUGCUCUGCAUCACGGUUCAGGGCACUGACCUCGCCACGGGGUCCAAAACCACCGGUAAGUUGAACCUGGUGGACCUGGCUGGCUCGGAGAGGGUGUGGAAGUCUGGUGCGGAGGGAGACAGGCUGAAGGAGGCUCAGAACAUCAACCGCUCUCUGCUGUCGCUGGGGGAUGUAAUUCAGGCACUGAGGGCUCGGCAGACUCACGUCCCCUUCAGGAACUCCCGCCUUACGUAUUUAUUACAAGACUCCCUGGGUAAAGGCAGCAAGACCGUCAUGGUGGUGCAGGUGUCCGCUCUGGAGAGUAAUGUGGGAGAGACCCUGUGCUCACUGAAGUUUGCCCAGAGGGUCUGCAAGGUGGAGCUGGGCCCUGCAGCCAGGAAGAUUGAAUCUAGUGGAGGUCACUGUGACUGACAGCCGAGAAACACCAGGGAGCCACGAAUGCAUCAAUCAGAUUAUCCCCCUUCCUUCUGAUGAUUCAUAAAGCUACAGUUUCAACAAGAUCAACAGCAACGCUGCUCAAGGGCUAAAUCUGUGGGAGGUCUGCGUGGCACCAAACACCAACCUGCGACUGAGGAUGGGUGUUGAGGAUAUUGGCCUCCUCUUUGCCUGCUCCUGACACAAUAUAACCCUUUAUCUUUAGAUAAUCUGCAUGCAGUGCCAAAACAACCUCAGACUCCCCAGCGUCGUCAAGAUAUGAUGCUUCCUUGAACUACAGUGUCUCAGUUUCUUUGUAUUUAAUACCAAAAUCCAGGAAAUAACCAUAUCCUCAAUGAUCAUCAGUGUUCAGAGCAGCAUCAUGACCAAACAGGUUUAGUAGGCUUCCAGUGCCACGAUACCAGCACCACAGUAUUUUAUUUUGUAUUCAUCAUCUCGCUAUAAAUGUUUGUAGUUUGUGAGCUACAUCCAGCGUUGUAUAUUUUGGAAAGGUUGUAGUUGUGUAGGAGAAUUUGUUCUUGUAGCAAAGGUACGAGCUAUUAAUCAUUUCAGUGACACUUAGAUCACAUAUUUGUGUAGUUGUUCUGUGAACUUCAGAGAAGCAGUGGGUGGAUUCUUUUUCUCUUUAGAGCCUUGAUCAUUUGCCUUUUAGGGAAAGAGGGAAGCGGCCUUGAACCAGAGUGGUAAUAAUAUAAUGACCUGUGCAAUAUCCUCUUCAUUAAGGAGGCUGUUUGGGCCUAUGUGGACAGAAGAUGCACUUUAUUGUGAAAGGAGUGGUUCAGUUCAGACCAGGUAUAUUACAGGUGCUUGCAGUAGAUCUCACUAGUGAAUGUCAUAUCAGAAAAAGCCUAUUAUCUGUUCUCAUUGUUCCUCUGUCACCCAUUGGAUCAAAACUAAAUUGAUUCAAGUGUAGCAAGACAUUAAUGUUGCUGUAACUACCAUAGAGGUCACAUCAUAAUUAGAGUACAUUUUCUGAAUAAACACAAUGUAUUUAAAAA